UUGUUGAACCAUGAAGAGCAGGAAUGAAAAGAAGAGAGGGUCAUCGGUCCCAAAAGGAGGCCACAUGGGCAAGAAAUUUUCGAUCAACAAUGACCCGUUUUUCGAAACGGAGAGCAAGAAGCGGCGAAAAAUGGAGUACGAGGACGAUGACAUUGAGUCAGGGGACUUUGAAGAGAUGGCUGAGAUUCUGGGUGGUUCUGACCCAAGCGGGGGAGAGGAGAAGCAUGAAGAUGAGGAUGAGGAGACCCCUGGUGAGAUUCGAAAAUGGGUGGCGACAGAGCUUUUGGAUAAGAUGCGGGCAAUAGCAAGGAAGGAGAAAGAAGAUGAGGAAGAGGAGGAGCCGAGGGAUUAGCUUGUGGUCAAGAUUUUGUAACAGGAGCAGCUUGAGGAGAGUGGCAGG